AUCAUUAAGCAGCUUUGAGUCUGGAAAAUUUGUCGAAUGUACCGAGCAAUUAGAAUUGUUACCAGGAGAAAAUAUCAAUCUACUUGCUGGAGGAUCAAAAGAAAAAAUAGACAUGAAAAAACUGCUUCAUAACAUGUUAAGUCCAGAUCCAAGGGAACCUCAGAAAUCCAUUGAAGUUCCAUUGUUAAGAGGUUCUGUUUGUUUGGCAACUGCUUUAAACCCGAUAGAACAAGAUCAGAAGUGGCAGUCUAUAACUGAAAAUGUGGUAAAGUACUUGAAGCAAACAUCCCGCAUCGCUAUUGGACCUCUGAGACUUUCUACUUUAACAGUUUCACAGUCUUUGCCAGUUCUAAGUACCUUGCAGCUGUAUUGCUCAUCUGCUUUGGAGACCACAGUUUCUAACAGACUUUCAACAGAGGACUGUCUUAUUCCACUCUUCGGCGAAGCUUUACGUUCAUGUAAACAGCAUGACGUGAGGCCAUGGAUGCAGGCAUUAAGGUUUCAGGCACAGAACUGUAUAUCCAAUAAUAGUGAAAUGGAUCCCACUAAUUAUGACAGAGAUGAUGAUACAUUUAAAUGACUUGGAUGUUUUAUAGGUAUGAUCUCGUGAAACCUUGAGAGAAACUGAAUGACGAAUGAAACUAUUGUUCCUGUUUCACACAGAAGAAAA